CUCAAUAAUGUUAUCUAUCGACCCGUUUUCUCAAUAAGCAUCAUGCUUAUCAGAUUUAUUUUAACUAACAGUAUUAAUGAAAUUAAUUUGGAAAAAUUAAAUUAGUUGUGAUCGAAGUCGCGAAAAUGGCUGAACCCGUGGUAGAGGUGCGCGAGGGUAAAUUACUGGGAGUGACGAAAAAUGACAGAAACGGGAAUAAGUUUUACGGAUUUCAAGGAAUACCGUAUGCCAAGCCACCAGUAGGCGAACUACGAUUUAAAGCCCCACAACCACCCGAACCAUGGGAAGGAAUCCGUGACGCUAAAGAAGAGGGCAGUGAAUGUUUUGCCAGACAUUUUGAUGAAUUUUCUGGAUCGGAAGAUUGUUUAGUUUUAAAUGUUUACACUAAAGAGAUACUAAGUCCCAGAUUGAGGCCAGUUAUGUUUUGGAUACAUGGUGGUGGAUUUACAGGAGGAUCCAGCAGUACAAAUAUGUACGGGCCAGAAUUUUUAUUAACAAAAGAUGUAGUACUAGUCAGUAUUAAUUAUAGAGUAGGAGCAUUGGGUUUCUUGAACCUACCUGACCCCGAAUUAGGUGUACCCGGUAAUGCAGGUUUAAAAGAUAUGGUGAUGGCGCUGAAAUGGGUGCAAAACAAUAUUAAACAAUUUUCUGGUGAUCCCAAUAAUGUUACUGUAUUUGGUGAAAGUGCAGGUGGCAGCGCUGCACAGUAUUUGGUACUAUCUCCAAUGGCUAAAGGUUUAUUUCAUAAAAUAAUAGCUCAAAGCGGUAGUGUUACGAACUGUUGGGCAACUUCUAACAAAAAUGCAGCGUAUUUAUUAGCUGCUAAUGCUGGAAUUUAUUCCAACAACGAUAAAGUGGUAUUAAAACACUUGCAGCAAUUGUCUUUGGAAGAUUUGCAGGAAGCGUUAUCAAAAAUACCUGACAUGCACGCCAUCGGGAUAUUAAAAGCCUUUGGACCGACGAUUGAAAAAAACAGCAAAGAAGAAGCUUUUAUAUCGGAACACCCGUUGGAUAUUAUUAAAUCCGGGAAUUAUAUGAAAGUGCCAAUGAUAAUGGGAUGCGUGUCCAGGGAAGGCAUGUACAUCCAUGCUCUGGUCAAUAAUAACCCUAAAAGUACGGCACUAAUGCCUACUACUCUUAUUCCGAAUAAUUUUCAAAUGAGGAUAGGCAGCAAUCUUCACAAAGACGUUUCUAAUAAAAUUAAAAAGUUUUAUUUUGGCGAUAAGGAUCCUUCGACUGAUAAAGACUGGAUCAAUAAGCUAUAUACCGAUAAUUAUUUUCUCUACGAUGUUUAUAAGAAUGCUAAAUGCCAUUUAGAAACAAAUACCCAUCCGAUUUAUUUUUAUAGAUUUUUAUUCGACACAGACUUGAACUUUUUGAAACAUAUGUAUGGAAUUACCGAGCCAGGGGUUUCCCACGCUGAUGACACUCCAUACCUAUUCAAAUGCGAUUUAGUCCCAGAAGCUGAAGAGGGCAGCGUGGAAGAUCUGGGAAUCCGAAGAAUGGUUACAUUAUGGACAAAUUUCGCAAAAUACGGUAAACCGACUAUAGAUAAAAACGAUUCCUUGUUACCUGUAGAAUGGCUUCCAAUAUCAAAAAAUAAGUUUAGAACUUAUGAUAUCGGUACAGAAAUGAAACUACACGAUCAACAUCCGGAAACAAAAUAUAUGGAAUUCUGGGAUGAAAUAUCUCAAAUCAAUCCCUUCCUUUCCAAGCUAUGAAGUGGAUAUUACGAUAUUAAAGAAAUUCUAAAUUAAUUUUGUUAUAUAAUAAAGAGUGGUCCAUAAAAAAUGUUGCUAAAGUAUGCUGUUGCUGACAAACACGAGUCAUUUCCGUACUGACAUUUAAAAAGAAAAACAAUUGAACGCUUCGACAUACGUGAUUUUUCCAAGUAGUAAUUUAGAAAUAUUUUUUUAUGGAUCACUUUAUAUUAUAAUGUUGUUGCAUUUAUUCACAAAAAAAAAUUCAGAAAUUAAAAAAUAGAGAACUGUAAAUAAAUAUUUUUGUAUUUAUUAAAA